AUGAGUGACUUCCCAGAAGACGUCCAAGCAGCUGACCAUCUGAGCCCUGGAGUCGUUGGUCUAUCGGAGUACAACAACAGCGACAGAGUGGUUGAUUUCCCAAGGAAUCCACCCAGCGGUCACAACCUUGUAGAACAGAGCAGUGCAUGCUAUCAGCGAGGAUCCCGUGAAAACGGUGUGCAGCUUGGAGGACACCCUCCCAGUACUUCAAGGCGUUUUUACGGCUACGGAUACAACCCUGACGAGUGUUCAGACGACGAGUGGAAGUCUAUCCCAGAUGACACCGUCAUCCCAUUGCGAAGAGAUCUGCUUGCUUCAGCACCAAAGUCCGAUGAUGACGACUUGCUGCCAGACGUGAAAGACGACGCAGUGAGUCUCGUAGGGAAUUCCUCCGGCGGUCUUGCCAUUGAUGCACAGUCAUACCAUCAGCGAGGACAACGUGAAGACCGUGUACCGCUUGGAGGACACCCUCCCAGUUCUUCAAGGCGUUUUUACGGCUACGGAUACAACCCUGACGAGUGUUCAGACGACGAGUGGAAGUCCAUCCCAGAUGACAAUCUGAGUACGGUUAGUCGACAUGAUGUGGCCAGUGUACGAUGUCCAUUUGGUCCGAGCAUCAACGGUGGGUCAAGUUUGGUCCACCUCGGAGGAUGUCCUCCAAGUAGAAGAGGACGAUUCCUCGGAUACACCGACACUGGUGAAGAAUUCUGGGAUGACGAGUUGGAAGACAUGCCUCGCGGAAUCUACAAAGGUGCUCAAGACCUGUUUGAUCGCAUGUUUGACUUUUACAAACAGCACCCGAGCUUUAACAUGAUUGACGAAAUUAAUGCGUUCAUUGGCCGGCCCAGCGUUGAAGCUAUGGAUUAUGAAAGUCACCGUUUGAUUCAAGCUAUGCUACGUCAAGGCCACCACAUCGACAACGACAAUCUUGCAAACAACGACGAUCACUGUGAUGUCCAAGUAGCUUUUCAUGGCGAUGACCAAAGCUAUUUCAAUGAAGACAGCGACCCUGAUGGCGUGGAAUACAUUCCAGAGCUACAUGACGAUACCUCAUACGACAUUGACUACUAUCGAUUGGUCGUUUCAAUCAAGGACUUGUACCAAAUUUGCGCAGGAGAUUGGGAGCUGGCGACAAGGGAGCGAAAGGUUGCCGACAAGUCAAGCGAAAAGAAGUAUCUGAAAAAGCACACACUGAUACUCAUGCGACCAUGCUUUGUGUACAUCCCCACAUGCUACGCUUCUGCCUUUCUGUCCGAGUUGAUCAAGCAUCAAGAUCAAGUUUACUUCCCCCCUCCUCGCGUACCAGGGAAACCAUACCCAAGGCACGUUAUUCAUUGCGCUACUAGCAAGUUCAUCAGUGCCAUGGACCUGAUCACCAUUUUGGUCUCGAUUGCUCCCACGGUAAAGCUUGUGAUUAUUGGUUACGGCGCAAAAGCAGAUGUAUGGAGCUACAAGUGGAUUUGGGAUAUAGCAUCGAGACAAACUAUGGAAGCAGACCGACCAGUGUUUGACAUCGGAGUGAACUUCAAAAUGCCAGAUCUCGCCGUGUUUGCUGUGCGGAAAGUCGCUUUGGUCAAGAAUGGGUUUGGACCAUACUCCUCGUACACGUCGAAAGUUUGGAAUAACUUCAUGAAUUACUCCAAAUCGCUCGACGGAUGUGUUCAUGAACAGUACGUUGUUGGCGGUGGCGUUUCGAUGACACAGUCAGACGAAUUUUCGGACCUGGCGUACAAGGUGAAAGUUUAUCCAAAAGUCGUCCAUCUCAUCAAGAACGCGAACAAACGCCGUAUUGGGAAUAUGCCACACCCAUCAACGAACAAGAACUGCCAAAAGCGCUAUGAAGACCUGGAAGCACUGUUCGAAUCCUUCUUUGAACGAAGUGUGUCCCAAAAGUACUUGGAGCACUUUACAGGUUUCCGUGUUGAGAUUACUGUGAGCUCCUUUACAUUCCUUGGGGCAGUGGGGGCAUUUCAGCGCGAGUUUGACAAGCUCUUCAACUUUGUCAAAGUUAUCAAGUACCCGGUAUUCAAGUACCUUUCCAACAUCGAGAGCUCCAUUCGCCAUAUGCGGACUAUUGGUCCAGCGAGGGGCCGUUUUGAGCAUCUUGCAAAAGAUGUGUUCAAGGUUCCCCUAGCAUUUGUCGCUCAAGAAAUGGGAAUGACAAGUCAUCUGUGCCAGAACUAUUUAAGUCGGCACGUGACUUUCGACAACGAGUCCAAGGUGUGGAGUUGGUACCUAGAUCAUGGCCACUCGGCACCUGAGAACGUUGGACUUCUUGAUGCACCAGUGCAAGACGAGCAAGGUGCUGCCGAUUUGGCAGAGUUUCGAUCUCUGUACACCGAUGAGAUGCAAGAAUUGUUGCUGGACAUCUUCCUCAAUGUUUACGCCAAGUGCGUGAAGUCCAAGGGAUCGAAAGUGUACAAGGCCCGAGAUAAAGCCACGGGACGAUUCAGCGACACAAACGUAUCUCUCUUUGGUUUGAGCCUUAGAAUUGCUGAAAUGCACAAGUCAAGUUGGCGCGAUACAUUUUGUUCGAAGAAGAAGGACAGACUUCGUGGGCUUAGCAAAGACGACAAGUGUAUCGAGCUUCGUCGCAUGGUUAUGGAUCGAAACGGGGUCCAUCGAAGUGCCGAGGUGAAAGCCGAGUGCGAUGUUCGCGUGGCAGUUGCAACCCAACCGAUUUUGGAAGGAUCAAACGUUCCACUGUUUGAUUCCGACACUAAGGUCGACAAGUUUUUGUCCAACGACGUGCAGCCGAAGUGGUGGCAGGUCACGCCAUAG